GUGUCCCCUCCGAUCGAUUUCGGGACUUCGCCGGAGCUAGACGGUCGACUGGCCAGGCUAGUCGGCCGAGCGUGCCACGCCUUUGGCGAUCACGUAGCGGAAGAGGCCGGACCACGUCAGCAACGUCAUGACGACGCCCACCAGCAGAAACGCGAGCCCAUCGAAGACGGCUCCCCCCCGCAGCAUCUGCCCACGCGCGUGGGCCGCGAAGCCGGCGAUGACCACGUCCGUCCUGUCAGCGAUGCUCACCUGCGAGAAGCCGGCGAGGACGAAAUCGGACUCGAGCUCGGCCGCUGUCCUCAAGUUCUCGGCCGGGAUGCCGAACAGCCACCCCGCGGCCUGCAGCAUGCUCGCGUCUGCCACUGGAGCAGCCACGAUACAUGUCUGCCGCAGCCAGCCCCCCGCCGUCGCGGAGCGCCCGAGAGGCCGAGCGCAGGAAGGAGGCGCGGGUGACGAAGUGGUACGCGCAGUCCACGGCGACGACACGAUCCACAGAGGCCGGCGCCACUGUGCCAAGCAGGCUGCCCACGUCCCCCUGGCGCAGCGACGCCCUCCCCUCCAGGACCUCGGCCCGGAGGCGCCCGCGGGCGGCCUCGGUCUCCGCAGGCGACAGGUUGAGGCCGAGCACCCGGGAGGCCCCGAAGCGCUCCAGCAGCCGCAGCACGUUGUCGCCGCGGCCGCUCCCCGCCUCCAGCACCACGUCCCCCGGCGCCACGCCCGCGGCCUCGGAAACGCAGUCGGCGAGCGCCGCUGCUGCCUCGGGGUAGGCCAUGCCGUCGCGCGUCCACAGGCCGAAGUUCAGCCACUCGGAGCCCCCGCCGCCGUUCAGCACGCCGCAGACCUCACCCGAGAAGCCGCAACGAAACACACUGCACAAAGCACAGGCGUUCCGGAGCUCCGCGCGGAGUUCUUGGGUCGGCGCUGGACCCCCCCCCUUUGGCGCGCGGCGCACGCAAUGCGCGCGGAGCGCGCCAGGGGCGGCGCCAGGGGCGGCGCCGGGGGGGCUGCCACCCUCCUUGCGCGCGGCGCGCGCACCGCGCUGGCCCCGCGGGCGCCGUCAGGGGGGCCGCCCAGCGCCGACCCAAGAAACCUGCGCGGACCUCUGGAAACCUCGUGCUCUGUACAGGAUUAUGUUCCAUCGAAGACCGGGCUGAGCUCCGUGUACAGCCUCGACCAGAGAUCUGGCGGAGCGAAUUCUGUCGAGGCAUGACUCGGUCGGCGCUGUUGCCAUCACUGCUUGGAGGCUCUCUGCGAAGCAUACGCUGGGGCCCCCCCUGCUCACGAACGGCGAGCGCAUCCACAUGCACGCCCUCGCGACUUAGACUCCAAGGCGCGAUCCCUUGCAUACGCGGUCGCAUGGAUAAGUCGUGUGGGGCAUCCGCGAAAAGACGCCCCGCAUCCACAGGGUCGCAGCUCAGGAGCCCGACCCGCGGGGCCGUUGAUGCGGAUAUGAUGCUUUCCGCCCGCGGGCAAAAAAGCUGGCCCCCCCUCCGCACCGAGCCCCCAAGACAUGUGCCGACGCGGACGCUUGGCUGCUAGUCCCCAGCUUGCUCCCGCCCCGCGAACUCAAAAAGGUCCUGGCAUGGCGGCCCGUCGGCUCCACCCCGCACGCCGACGCCCCCCCCCAGCCGCCUGACGCCCACUCUUCAGAUCCACCCCGCUACGACAGAGUGACGAAUAAAGCCGAAGUGGCGGAUGACUGGCCGCCUCGAUCUCUUCGAGCCGCCAGACAUCUGGGGAGAGAUGGGCCCCGUCCCCUGUCGCCUGUCUGGCGGCCAUGACUCGGGCCUCGAGCGGCCGUUUGGCACGCUUCCGGCAUCCCCGGGGCGCCCCCGACGAGGCGCAACUGAUGGAAACCAGCAGUGGUCGAACACCUCCUACUGGGGAUAUCCGGAACCUUCUGCAAACUUUCGAGCCCAGAUAUCCGGCGCUCCAAUCUCUGUCGCUGCGUGGGCCCUGGACCGCUUCCCCACGGCUGGCUUUUCGUCCUGAGCUUUUGCUCGACGGCCCCGUGGAGGGCCCCCGGAGGCCGAAAACGGCAAAGACUGGCUGUCCCGACUUUUUCG